AUGGAACACCUUGUUACUUUCUGCUGCAGUCCGAUAUUUACGACAUCAUGUCUGAAGGAUUGGGAGAAGUUCGGCAGAAAGAAUUUUCUAACAAAGUGCAAAGAAGGUGGAAUGGCUGCAUCUGUCAAAUUGUUCACGGAUUUGGUAUUGAAGUUGAUAAAUGGAGAAGGGAAAAUUGAUAUACUUGUCAAAUUAGUUCCUGAGUUAUUUAAAAUAUUUGGUGGUAAUGGAUCCUUUGAAUCCGACCUGUUAGAUUCCCUCUGGUUAAUUGAUUCGUCAAUUGCUGAUAUUAACUCAGAAUCUGUUCGAGAUCGUUUCUAUCGGUUAAUAGAAAUUCUGAAGAAUCAUGUGAAUCCUGCUUUGAUUAUGGAGAGGUUUUGUGAAGAGACCUUGGAAAACCUGUCAUUCAUUCAAUCGAAACAACAGUUCCAAACGCGUUAUGUUCGUACUAAAACGCGUUUAUUUUUCAAACAACAAAAAUUUAAUUUGCUACGUGAAGAAAAUGAAGGCUAUGCCAAGCUGAUAACAGAAUUAUGUCAAAUAAAGUCAACUGCGUCGAUGGAAGCCGUAAUGGUUCAGAUUCGGUCAUUAAUUGGUUAUUUUGAUUUGGAUCCAAAUCGUGUGCUGGACUUGAUAUUGGAUGUUUGUGAGUUUCGUGGUGAUAUGUACGAGGAAUUUGUCCAGUUGAUACGACUUUACAACCCUGAUAGAAUAGAUAUGACUAAUAUAUUGGGACACAAAUACCAUUUUACACAAGAACCCGGUGUCAAUACGCCAGAGUCAUUGUACAAAGUUUCAGCAUUUUUAAUUUGGAAAAAGCUAAUUGACUUGGAUGUGUUAUACGGACACAAACGCGUUGCGUUGGCGAUGACAAGUAGUUAUUACAACCCCAACUGUGAGCGAUAUAUUCAAAGGACCAAUGAUUCAACUUCUCACAGACUUAAAAAUGCUUACUGGACUACCAAACAAGCAGUUAUUAAGAAACUGCGUCGAAAGCAAGACGAAAAUAUUGUAGCUUCCGACUCCGAUCUCGACGCAAAGUUGGAGCUGUUAAAGUCUGUUCAGUUGACAUGUCGAGAUCUUGACAAUGUAUUGGCACGUUAUCAGAGAACGUUGUGCUAUCUGUCUCAGGCUGAAAAUGAAAUGGGACGAUUUCUAAAACAAUAUAGUUUAGAAGAUAAAACACAAGCUGGAAAAAUCAUGUCUGCUGUCGGAAAGGCUUUAAGUAGCUCAGCACAACAAAGACUUACUCUACUCAGUCCACUUGAUCGUGUUCAUCAAGAAGUCAAGACAUUCAGACAACAGGCAAUCAGUGAUACAACAAACACAGUUAAAAUUAUGGAACAAGGUCGCACAGAAUAUCGAGGUGCAUUGUUGUGGAUGAAAAAAGUAAGCGAAGAGUUGGACCCAGAUACAUACAAACAAUUGGAGAAGUUUCGGUGUGUUCAAGCGCAGGUUCGUAAAGCAAAAGCAUCAUUUGAUCGCCUAAAAGUGGACAGUAUGCAAAAAGUAGAUCUGUUAGCAGCCAGUCGAUGUAAUAUGCUGAGUCAUGUACUUGUCGGCUAUCAGAAUACUUUGUUGACUUUUCUUGAAAAGACGUCUCAUAUGAUGGUAGCAGUAGCAGAAAGUUUCAGAGGUUAUCAAUACUAUGAAUUUUCAAUUCUUCAGCAUUUGAGACCAGAAAGUCGUAAAUUGGCUGGAUAUAAGAGCGAUGAUGAGAAAGAUAGCGAUAGGUUAGACAGUGGAUUUAACCAAGUUGAAUUAAGUGAUCCAGCAAUUAUGAAUCCUGAUGACAAUAACCAUGGAAUACAUCAAACAAAACUAACAGAUGAAGAAGAAUUUGAUAAAAAAUUAGAUGAAAUUUUCCUAGAAAAUCAUUGUAGUAAUUUCGACUUUGAUUCAGAUCAAUUUAAAUCAGCAGGGAAUCAAAACGGUUUUGGUGGAACUGAAGACAACAAUAACAUUAUUGGUCCGAUUAAUGAAUCUAGUGAGCAAGUCCCUGCUGAUCAUAAAGAUUUAUUCACUGAUCUUUUUCUUAGUGAUGCCAAAGGUGAUAGAUUCGCUGAACAACUUUCUGGAAUGGAUACUCGUCCUUUCACUUUUGGAAAUAAAGAUGGAUUCAUUAGUGAUUCGGAAGCUAUCUUUAGCGAUUUAAAUCAGCCUUGCCAAAACGCUGAUUUCGGACCGUUGCAGAGUGUAAGGUCGAAAGAUACAUUCAGGACACCAAUACUUCCUUCAUACUUAUUAGAACAGGAACUCCAAAAUUUAUUCAACCCAGGCACUUCUAAUUUAAUUGGUACUCAAUCUUUGGAGUGUACCAACGUGAAUACUUCUGCAUUUAGUAAUAAUAACAACCGAUCCGAACAACAGUUUAAAAAAAGUGAAAACUCUCUGGGUACCAUUUCAAAUUCCCCAAAGUCAUUAUCAUCCCAACAGCCCACAAAUCUAGAUGCUUGGUUAAAUCUGUUUUCUGAUAUUGGACCAAUCGGUAAUCCAGAUACAAUAUCGAAAAAAGCUGGUCAAGUCACGGACGCCUAG